AUAUGAAAAGUACAUUUACUAUUAAUAUUCAUAUAGGAAAUGUACUUUGGUUUGAAUUGUUGACAAUUUUUAAGUUAUGAAUUAUAUAUACGCAUUAAACUUUUACCAUCCCAAGGAAUUAGUGUGUCUCCAUUUUAUCACACUGUCACUCGUGAUUUAAUAUAUGGGAGAAGAAGAAAAUAAUUAGGACGAAAGGAAUAAGCAAUAUGAAGGCUAACAAAUACGGAUUCGAAUUAGUACAGCCCGGAGAACAACAGUCUUCGUACAGUAUCGACACCAUAGGAUCAACACAUGAGUUGAUAGGAGAGAAGAGUAAUAAAAAGCCAAACAAUAGACUUAGAAUAGGACUUGCAGUAGUUCUUAUAUCAAUUGUCAUACUAGUUGUUGUGUUAGUCUUGGUAUUUAAUAAAAAGAACGACUCUAAUAAAUCUGGGGAGAGCUCUGCUCAAGAUCAUGGUAGAUAUACAACAUCCAGGCUUACUUCAUCAACAGCAAAUCAACAACCUGUAUCUACAACAGAUCAUUAUACAACAUCAAAACAUUCAACUAAACCACAACCAGAGUUGACAACAACUGAUCCUGGGCAAGAUUGGUUAAAGGAGCCAUGCCAACCCCAGGAUGCUGUCACAUGUCCAUGGAAAUCAAAUCCUAUGUUGCUAAUUUCAUUGGAUGGUUUCCGUGCAGAAUAUCUGACGAGGAACCUGACACCAACACUUCAGAGAUUAACUUCCUGUGGAGUACAUACACCAUAUAUGAGGGCUGUAUAUCCUACAUUGACAUUCCCAAAUCACUACACUAUAGUCACAGGGUUAUAUCCUGAGUCACAUGGAAUUGUAGAUAACAAUAUGUAUGAUCCUGUCAUUAAUGAAAAGUUCUCUCUUGGUGGAUCCUCAAAAAUGAAUCCAGCAUGGUGGGGUGGUGAACCAAUUUGGUCAACAGCCAAAAAACAAGGAAAGAAAACAGCCACCUAUUUCUGGGUUGGAUCUGAGGUCAACAUAUCUGGUAUAAUGCCUGAUAUAUAUUAUCCUUAUGAUGGAUCUGUCACAUUUGAAGAACGUGUGGACACAGCAUUAAAAUGGUUGAGUUGGCCAGAGAAUAAAAGACCUGAUUUGAUUACCCUGUACUUUGAUGAGCCUGAUCAUACUGGACAUGGGAAUGGCCCUGUUAGUCCUGAGGUAGAUGCCAUGUUGGGUAGAGUAGAUGGAGUUAUAAACCGUCUGAUGAAUGGAUUAUACAGACGUCAGAUACACAACUGUGUCAAUUUGAUAGUGCUUGCUGACCAUGGAAUGGAAUCUACCUCCUGUGACAGAAGAGUUUAUCUCAAUCAAUAUAUGAAUACUUCACACUUUCUCAUCUUUGAUGGAACAAUAGGACAGUUGCAUACAAAGUUUCAUGAAGAAAAAGUUGGUAGAAGUUAUGUAGUCAAGAAGACUUCUAAUCCUUUAUCAUUAGAAGAAGUUAAUAAAUUGCUCCAGUGUAAAAGUGGACACAUUCAGAUGUUUGAUAAAACAACAAUGCCUGUUAGACAUCAUUACACAAACAAUCAAAGAGUUGGUGAUGUUAUACUAGACAUGCAGAACAGAUGGACUGUUGCUAGAAACAGUAGAAGCUAUUGUUUAAAAGGAAACCAUGGAUUUGACAAUUUGUACAAAAGUAUGCAGGCUUUAUUCAUGGCUCAUGGUCCAGAUUUUAGACAAGGAAUACAAAGUGAUCCUUUUGAAAAUAUUGAACUUUAUAACCUAAUGUGUGAAUUGUUGAAAAUUUCUCCAGCACCAAAUAAUGGUACAAUGGGAUCAUUGAAUCACUUGUUACGUAGACCUCCAGCAAUACCAACAUCAAACAGAACUAUGUCACCAGUAUGUAGUCACAACAAAGCAGCCAGUAUCCCUGGCCAAGACUGUUUUUGUAGUCAUAAGGUACAAUCUUUUACCAGUAAUACUGUUUAUAGCAGCCCAUUUGGUAAACCAGAGAUGAGUGUAGCUGAAGAUGUGUGUAUAUUGGGUACUAAUGAUACAGUCAUUGGCUACAGUAAAACACAUAGGAUGCCUGUAUGGACUUCAUUUAUACUCUACCCAAAUAAGACUAUAGACAAUAUGACUGGUAGUUGUGUGAACAUUGAUCCUAGAGUACAGUCACUCUCCUGCAGUAGUUAUAGGAGUGAUAACAUGUCAAUAUCACACCAUUUUAUUGUCAAUUCAGGCUUUUCUUUUAAAAACUCUGACCUGGAAAACAGUCUAAGCUCUAGUCUUGUUCCUAUGUAUCAUGGAUUUAGAGAUGGAAUAUGGGAGUACACAAUGAAGUUGAUGCUUGACUAUAGUAAUCAGAGGUCUGGUAUGGAAGUGAUCAUUGGUUCAGCUUUUGACAAUAACAGAGACGGAUUAUGGGAAGCUGUUUCAAAUGAGACAAAGUAUGUCAGUGAUGAUGGAGUACCUAUACCUACACAUUAUUACAUUAUCAUAAUAGCCUGUAACCAUGGAGAUAUUCUCAACUGUAAAACAGCUGAUAUUGAACUUAUGUCAUUUGUAUUACCACACUUACCUGCUGUACCAAACUGUAUGCCUGAUGAGGAUUAUUUAAUGGAGAAUGUUGCUAGAAUAAGAGAUAUAGAGUUAUUAACAGGGAUCCAGUUUCUGACAGGUUUACCAGAUGACACGGCUGCCAGUUUAAGGACAUUUUUAUCUACAUCAUUGUGGAAUCCAUCAAAGAUGUCCCUUCAUUGGAAAGACAUACCAUGUAGUGUUCCAAGUACUACAAAGUGUCAAGGGAAAAUUCCACUAUUAUUGAUAUCAUUAGAUGGGUUUAGAGCCGAUUAUGUGAAGAGAAAGCUAACACCUGUCAUAGAGAAACUGAGGACCUGUGGUGUACAUACACCAUACAUGAGAUCUGUAUAUCCUACUGUCACAUUCCCAAACCAUUACACAAUAGCUACAGGUUUGUAUCCAGAGUCCCAUGGUAUUAUAUCUAACAACAUGUAUGAUGCAAAUAUAGGUGAAGUUUUUUCACUCUCAAGUCAUACAAAAAUGGACCCUCGAUGGUGGGGAGGAGAACCAAUUUGGAAUACAGCAAAGAAGCAAGGAAAGAAAGCUUAUACCUUCUUUUGGCCAGGAUCAGAUGUUAAUAUCUCAGGAAGUUAUCCAGACGUGUGGGUAGGAUACGAUGGUAAAAUAGGAUUCCCAGAAAGACUUGAGAAAGUAAUGGAAUGGUUACUACUACCUGAUGACAAGAAACCAGACAUAAUUACAUUAUACUUUGAUGAACCAGAUCAUGCAGGGCACCAGAAAGGACCUGAUAGUGAACUGCUUAAUGGUCAGUUAGAGACGGCUGACGAGAUGUUAGGUAGAUUGAUGAACACUUUAUAUCAGGAAGGACUGCAUGAUUGUGUCAAUCUUAUUGUUAUAGCUGAUCACGGUAUGCAGCAUGUGUCUUGUAGUAACAUAGUCAAGCUUCCUGAGUAUAUGCCUGAUGACAUAAAAAAAGUACUUGUAUUCGAUGGAACAUUUGGAAGAAUUGAAAAUGAUUAUGCCAGGAUAUCAAAGUAUAAAGUCAAAACAGAAAAUGUCACUCAUGUACCUGUAUCUAAGAUAACGGAUGAGUUAAUGUGCAAAAACCCAGCUAUGAAAGUGUUUACCAAAGAAACAGCACCAAAACGCUUCCAUUACCUUAACAACAAACGAAUUGGUGAUGUAUUAUUAGAUAUGCAGGAUCAGUGGCUAGUUACAGAUACAAAAUCUUUUUGGUGUACUGGUGGAAACCAUGGAUGGGAUAAUCUUUACAAAUCUAUGCAUGCUUUGUUUUUGGCACAUGGACCAGCAUUUAAACAACAACUAGAAAUAAAACCUUUUGAAAAUAUUGAAUUAUAUAAUCUUAUGUGUGAGAUAGCAAGUAUCACUCCAGCACCAAACAAUGGAACAGUAGGAGCACUAAACCAUAUUUUAAAUCAACCUAAUAUUAUACCUCGAGUAAAAGCCAAUGAAACUAAGAGUAAUGUUACUAAACCUAUUCCUCUCUGUGGAUGUGAUUCAAAGAAUUUAAAUUUACCAGAUACAUUACCCGAUUCAUCCAAAAGCUUACCAUUUGGAGUACCUGUAUCAUCUCAUGGCACACUGUAUACAAAACUCUAUAUAGACUUAGCAUCAGGUUACAAUGACAACAGACCUUUCUGGGCAACAGCUGUCAUAUCACAGACACGGGGAGACUUGAAUUUGACAGAAAUAUGUUAUGUAAAUGACCUGAGCAGUAGAGAACUAACCUGUGAUAACUAUGUUAACAGAGACAGAAACAUCUCAUUACAAACUUUGUAUCCGAGACCAGUUGCAGGUGCCAAUUUUCUCAGUUCUGCAGUGCCAAUGUUUGAUGGAUUUAAACAUGGUAUAUGGGAGUAUAUAUGGCAGUUGACUAGAGAUUACAGUAAAGGAUAUGGUAACAUGAGUGUCACGACAGGACCUAUAUAUGAUUAUAAUGGUGAUGGAUCAGUAGAUGUACUGUUUGACAGUCAAAGCACAGUAAACAGUAACAGUACAGUAAUUUUACCAACUCAUUUCUAUAUGAUAUUAAUGAAAUGCAAAGAUAAAACUCUCAAUCUUCCAUGUACCAAUGGUGACAUUGAUGUACAGUCAUACAUAUUACCACAUGUACAGAGUCAACCCAAUUGUUUGUAUAAUUUGGAGUAUUUAAAAGACAAUGUAGCCAGGAUAAGAGACAUUGAAUUAUUAACAGGGAUCAAGUUUCUCACUGAAAACAUUGAUCAAGCAUUAGCUGCUCAACUUAGAACAUAUUUACCUGUAGAUCUAUGGCCAACAGAACUGACGGAAACCUGGUUAGAUAAACCAUGCCCUUCUCAACAAAAAACAUGCAGCUCAGAUUACCAGCCUCUGAUUUUAAUAUCAUUAGAUGGAUUUAGAGCUGAUUAUUUACUGAGAAACUUUACUCCUUAUGUCAGAAAACUGAGUCAGUGUGGAGUACAUGCUCCAUAUAUGAGAUCUGUAUACCCAACAAAGACUUUCCCAAACCAUUAUUCUAUUGUUACGGGAAUGUAUCCUGAAUCCCAUGGUGUGAUAGACAACAAUAUGUAUGAUGAUUCUAUUGGUACUUGGUUUGGUAUGAGUAAAGCUAACGCUAGUGAUCCAAGAUGGUGGAAAGGGGAACCAAUAUGGAAUACAAUAAAGAAGAAUAAUAAAAGAUCAGCUACGUAUUUCUGGCCAGGAUCUGAUGUACAGAUUCAGGGAAUGUAUCCUGAUAUUUGGAAGAAGUAUGAUGGAAAAAUUCCAUUUGACUCUCGAGUCGAUGAGUUACUAAGAUGGGUAGACUUACCAGCGGGACAGAGACCAGAUUUUAUCACAUUGUAUUUUGAUGAACCAGAUCAUUCUGGACAUUCCUAUGGGCCUGACGAUAUUCCAAAGAUUGGUCAGGCACUAGAUAAAGUAGAUGAAGCAGUAGGCAGAUUAAUGGAAGGGUUAUAUCGCCGUAACUUGCACAAUUGUGCUAAUAUUAUAAUAGUAGCCGACCAUGGAAUGUCAGAUACAUCAUGUGACAGACUGAUAACUGUGAGAGAUUAUAUAACAGAUUAUAAUAACAUGUAUGUCUAUGAGGGAGCAUUCAGCAGAAUAAAUCCUAAAAUCAAAUAUGGGAGAAAUCAUCCUAAACCUGUACCCAAUCCAGUGCCUGUUUCAAACAUUAUAGCCAAUAUGAGUUGUAAAACACCACACAUGAAAGUGUAUAACAAACUUUUGUUACCAAAGAGGCAUCACUAUGCCAACAGUAAAAGGAUAGCAGACAUUAUAGUUGAUGUGGAAGAUAAAUGGUUGUUUACUUAUAGAGCACUUGCAGGUUAUAAGAAGCGCUUCUGUGCUGGUGGAAACCAUGGAUAUGAUAACAUAUAUAAAUCUAUGAACGCUUUGUUUUUGGCACAUGGGCCAUCCUUUAAACAGAAUCUAAUAGUAGAACCAUUUGAGAAUAUUGAGCUAUACAAUUUGAUGUCUGCUAUAUUGAAUAUAACUGCUGCACCAAACAAUGGAACCCAAGGAUCCUUGUAUCAACUUCUACGACAACCACCUGUUACAAUGACAAGUCCUCCCACCAAUGUAUACAACAAAACUAUCACUGAUACAAUCAAUAUAACAUUGUCAUCAGAAUGUCUAAAGAGAUGUCCAUCAUUUAGAAAUAUAAUCAAGUCUGCCAACAACAGGAACAGCACAGAAACAAGACACACACCUUUAGGUAUCCCUGUGUUGCAGACAUAUCCUAGAUUAUCUGUAGAUUUGUUAUAUCAGUCAUCACAUAUCACUGGAUUUGAUAGAAAUCUAAAAAGUCCUGCCUGGAUAUCAUACACUAUUGGUCAAAAUUCAACUACCAGAGAGCUAGAUCCUGGGUGCAUGUUACCAGACAAAAGGACAGAUACUCUUUCUAGUGAUAACAAAACAUGUGCAAUUGAUAGUAACUUGCCUAAUAAUUUUACCUGGGCAUCAUUUAUGAUUUCAGAUGACAAAGAAGAGACGGGUUAUAACAGAUUAUCAUCAGUAUUUUUACCUGUCUAUAAAGGCUUUUAUAUGGGAAUCUGGAAUAAAUUGAAAGAAAAAAUUAAUCAGUGGUCGGCAAAAUACAAAGCAGUAAACAUUAUAGCAGGUCCUGCAUAUGAUUAUGAUUAUAAUGGCCAAGCUGACACAACAGAUAUUUUACAGAAAUAUAUUAAAAAAUUCCAUGGUAACAAUACAGACAUUGCCAUACCUAGUCACCUUUUUCUUAUAGUGACUAGAUGUGAUACUUCAGGGUCCAAUUUAAAUUUGUGUUCCAGUCUCAGGACCAUGUCAUUUAUUUUACCUAACAUACAAUAUGAUAAUAAUUGUCAGAGUGCAGAGGACUAUUUGACAGACAAUGAGGCCAGAUUAAGGGAUAUAGAAUUAUUGACUGGUUUACAAUUUUAUGUUAAUUAUAAAAACAGUUUACAAUUGAGAACAUUUUUACCUCAUGGUUUAUGGAGCAUUUAAAAACCUAUCUGUGAUCUUUUUAAUAAUAUCCAAGAUUUUUUAUUAAUAUUCAGAAUUUAUGUGUAUAAAGAUAUAUCUUUAAUGUAUAAUUUAGUUUGAUAGAGACAAGACAUAUUUGUGCAAAAGAAAAGCCAAUUACCCUCUCUAUUUUAGAAAUAGUGAAACUGAUUACAUUUUUGUAUGUUUGAGGAAUCAGAGUAUAUAGUGAUGACGUCGCAUUGUUAUCAUGGGUGAUAGACUAUACUAAAACAUGAUUUGUAUCUUUUAUAUAAAACGACUGAUUUAAUGUAGAAAUGAUUUUAUAAUUACCAGUUUGAAUUUCAAGAAACCUUAGUGUUAGCAUUGACUGUUUCUGAUAGUGCUACAUUUACUAUAUUAUAACAUGAAAUUGCAUUUAAUUGGAUUGUUUAAUAUUUUUAUGUCUGAAAUAUCCCUCCGUCCAAAAUUUUGUCUCAUCAGCAAAGUAGCUUUAAUAAGGAAGGAUGAAACUGGUAGAGAAAAGGAUAGUAGUACAAACUCCAAAUUGACAUAUCUACUAAGUAUAGAAAAUAAAGACAUCAACACCCAUGUUAUACCGAUUAAUAAAGAAUUAAUAAUGUCUAUAUGUCUCACCACAUCUACUAAGUAGUUAAGUUCAUAUGGCUCAUUUUGUCUUCGAUCAAAUUUAACUCAGGGUUUUGUACCAUAAAGAAAAAAAUAAUGUCUUUUUUCAACAAAUAUCUUGACUGUAAAAUCCUUACUUUUAUAGUGUGUAACUUUUAUGAUUUUGUACAUUUCUUAACACAGUUUUUUUUUUUCUAGAAAAAUCGACUUUUUUAGCUUUUAUUUGUUAAUAAUGCCUUGUUUUGUCACUCAAGUCUUAAUGUUCAAUGAUGUUUUGUGUUUAUAUAUAUAUUUGCAUACAAAAAGGAAAACCAUUCAAUAAAAGAGAUGAUAUAUUUAA